AUGAUAGAACAACAACAACAACAACAGCAGCAGCAGCAGCAGCAGCAGCAGCAGCAGCAGCAGCAGCAGCAGCAGCAGCAGCAGCAGCAGCAGCAGCAGCAGCAGCAGCAGCAGCAGCAGCAGCAGCAGCAGCAGCAGCAGCAGCAGCAGCAGCAGCAGCAGCAGCAGCAGCAGCAGCAGCAGCAGCAGCAGCAGCAGCAGCAGCAGCAGCAGCAGCAGCAGCAGCAGCAGCAGCAGCAGCAGCAGCAGCAGCAGCAGCAGCAGCAGCAGCAGCAGCAGCAGCAGCAGCAGCAGCAGCAGCAGCAGCAGCAGCAGCAGCAGCAGCAGCAGCAGCAGCAGCAGCAGCAGCAGCAGCAGCAGCAGCAGCAGCAGCAG